AUGUCGGAUAACCACUCUGAAUCGGAACCGAUCCCCGUAGUAAUUAACGGUGCUUCACCUUCAGUAAUCGACUCUUCUGAUUUUGUGUCUGCGAGACUCUCAGAGGAUAUAAAUCAUAGCUUAUCGAUUUCAGAUUUGCCCGCAUCAGUUCAGAGAAAGCUCGACCAACCCAUGUCACCACUUUCCCUUUCGGAAAAUUCUACACCUACCAAGUCUGUGUUGAACCCUAUUAACUUCUCUGCUUCUCAUCAGCCCUUGCCCUCCCCUGCAACGGAGAAGGCCAUCGAAAGUAUUACCCCAAUGUUGGAAGGAUUCGCGCCGAAGACAAGCGCUGAAGAGAGUGAAAGUGGAGUUGCUUCCAUUAGCAGCAGCGCUACCAGUAGCCAUGCGUUAACUCCACAAGCCCUACAAGAACACGAAUUUCGUCUGCAUUUGCCCAAGUCUAGAACUUCCUCCCAUGGUGCCCACACUGUGUUGGAUGGAUUCUCAACGUCUUCGAUUUUGAAAAAGACAAUCUCGAAUUCCUCAACUGGAUCCCGCAAGUCUGUGUCUAUACAUAGAGAUGAUCUGCCCAAAUUGCCCAUUAUAGGAAAGAUUGGUGUUUGUGCUAUGGACGCUAAGGUAAUGUCCAAGCCGUGCCGUAGAAUCCUCAGUAGAUUAAUCGAAAAUGGUGAGUUCCAGACAGUCAUCUUUGGUGAUAAAGUUAUUUUGGAUGAGGCUAUUGAAAACUGGCCGACUUGCGAUUUUUUGGUCAGUUUUUUUUCCACAGGUUUUCCUCUUGAAAAGGCAAUUAAGUACGUCAAUCUUAGAAAACCUUAUAUGAUUAACGAUUUGGUUUUGCAAAAGGCUCUUUGGGACAGAAGAUUGGUAUUGUCGGUAUUGAACUUUGCUGAUGUGCCAACCCCAGAAAGAUUAGAAAUUAGUAGAGAUGGAGGUCCUCACCUUGAUGAUGAAUUAAAAGAAAAAUUGAAGGAAGGUGGGGUUACAGAAGAUCAAUUGUAUGCUUUAACCAACCAAACCGAACCUCAUUGGGAAAUGAUCGAUGAUGAUACUUUACUUGUGGGCGACAAAAUCUUGAAAAAACCAUUUGUAGAAAAACCAGUAGAUGGAGAAGAUCACAAUGUGUACAUAUACUAUCCUAAGUCUACUGGAGGUGGUGGUAGAAGACUUUUCCGUAAAAUUGGUAAUAAAUCUUCAGAAUUUGAUCCUGAAUUAUCAACUCCAAGAACAGAAGGUUCAUAUGUUUAUGAAAAAUUCAUGGAUACUGACAACUUUGAAGAUGUCAAGGCAUAUACCGUAGGACCGACAUUCUGCCAUGCAGAAACCCGUAAAUCUCCAGUCGUGGAUGGAAUUGUCAGAAGAAAUACUCAUGGAAAGGAAAUUAGAUUCAUCACUGAAUUAAGUGAGGAAGAGACCAUCAUGGCCCAAAAGGUUAGUAAAAUAUUUCAACAGGCUAUUUGUGGAUUCGAUUUAUUACGUGUAAAUGGCGAUUCUUAUGUUAUUGAUGUUAACGGAUUCUCAUUUGUCAAGGAUAAUAACAAGUACUAUGAUUCAUGUGCCUCCAUUUUAAGAAACUUAUUUAUUGAAGCGAAGAAGUCUCGUGACUUGUUGAAGACAAAGAUUCCAAAACUGUCACAACUUCAUAAGGAUAGAUUUGAAGAGAAGGAACAGAAAUGGGUAUUGAAGGGUAUUGUUUCUGUAAUUAGACAUGCUGACCGUACUCCUAAGCAGAAGUUCAAGUACUCAUUCAAAUCUCCACUUUUCAUUUCAUUGUUGAAGGGCCAUAAAGAAGAAGUUAUUAUUAGAGCUGUACCAGAUUUGCAAGUAGUUUUAGAGACUGUAAAGGUAGCAGAGGAUAGAAAAUUGGAAGACUUGAAAAAAUUAGCUCAAUUGCGCAGGGCUUUAGAGAAGAAAAUGACAUUCCCUGGUACUAAGAUUCAAUUAAAACCAGCUCUAAACAAGGAAAAUCCAGAAAUCGUUGACAAGGUGCAAUUAAUCUUGAAGUGGGGUGGUGAACCUACUCAUUCUGCUAAAUUCCAAGCAACUGAUGUUGGAGAGCAAAUGAGACAAAAUAUUAAAUUGUUGAACCGUGAAGCAUUAAACGACGUUAAAGUUUUUACUUCUUCAGAAAGAAGAGUGAUCGCUAGUGCUCAAUUGUCAACCACUGCUCUCUUAGGAUUGGACGAAGAAGAAGAAUUACCAGAUGACUUUUUGAUUAUCAGGAAAGAUUUAUUGGAUGAUUCAAAUGCGGCCAAAGAUCUUAUGGACAAGGUUAAGAAAAAGUUAAAACCACUCUUGAGACAAGGUGCCGAAGCUCCUCCACAAUUUACUUGGCCACCUAAAAUGCCUCAGCCUUUUGUAGUCAUCAAAAGAGUUUGUGAGUUAAUGAACUAUCAUCAACAAAUCAUGGAGUAUAAUUUUGAAAAGAAGGACGUCUCGCUGUAUCAAAAAUACUGGUGUUGUGGAGAAGAUCCUAUCUUAUUUAAAGAAAGAUGGGAUAAAUUGUUCCAAGAAUUUCAAUCUGUUGAAAAGACUCAUCCUUCCAAGAUAUCUGAACUUUAUGAUACAAUGAAAUAUGAUGCAUUGCACAAUAGGCAAUUUUUGCAGAAAAUAUUUUCAUUUGACCCGGAUGAUGAGAUUUUAUUGGAAAGAUUAAGUAAAACAUGUGGAAGUACGAUAAAUUCUUCUGGAUUGGUUAGUGAAUAUCCAAUCAAUAUUUUGGCUAUGAACAACUUUAAAAUUCCGAAUGAAAGUAGAACACCUAAUCAAAACUCCAGUUCUGGAAGUUUAGCAUCAAACCCUUCGUCCUCUACUUCGAGUGGGAAUGUAUCUGCCUUAGCCAACUCUGUGACUCCUGCUUCCGCCGGAUCGUUAGGUUGGGUAUUGAAAGGGGUUAAUUCAACUGUUAAGUAUUCUUCAUCAAACAAUGAUUCCAAUACACAUAGAAAGAGAACUACAUCAGAUGAUGAAACUGAAAAUAGCCAAGAAGAAAACCUGGAGCCAGAAAAUUGUGAUCAUAACAAUCCAUUUGAUCAUCCAACAUUUGCUCGUUUAAGAGAGUUGUACAGAUUGUCGAAGGUAUUGUUUGAUUUUAUCUGCCCUCAAGAGUAUGGUAUUAAAGAUGAAGAGAAACUUGAUAUUGGUUUAUUGACUUCGUUACCCUUAGCCAAGCAAAUAUUAUCUGAUAUUCAAGAGAUGAGAGAGCAUGAUGAUGCUGGAAUGGUCAACUAUUUCACCAAGGAGUCCCACAUUUAUACAUUAUUAAAUGUUAUAUAUGAGUCUCAAAUACCAAUGAAAAUAGCUAGAAAUUCACUUCCUGAGUUGGACUAUUUAUCUCAAAUUGUGUUCGAACUAUAUGAGUCUGAUGAUUCAAGUGCACCUAGUGGUAAGAAGCAUUCAAUUAGACUUUCUUUAUCUCCAGGUUGUCAUACUCAAGAUCCUUUGGAUGUUCAAUUGGAUAAUGAUCAUUACAUAGGAUGUAUACCAAAGAUUAGUUUAACCAGACAUUUGGAUAUUGAUUUGGUUAUUCAAAGAUUGAAGACUAGAUUUUCAAGAGUUUCAUUGCCAAAGAAAUUUACACCUGUUAAUAUAUCUAGUCCUCUUACAAGUGGAAUCUAA